UAAAUCAGCUGUCUGAUAUCAGUCGUUGUAGGUGGCAGCACAGCGUCACGUGAAUUUUCAUGGCGCUGAAGCAGGGCUAGUCCCGACGUCUUGUGAUUUCACGAAAUUAUAGCUGUUUCUAAUAUUUACUGUUAAACAGCAUUAAUUUUUAAGUUCUAGUGAAGAUGUCGGAGUACUGGGUGAUCAGCGCCCCUGGCGACAAGACGUGUCAACAGACUUGGGACACCCUCAACAAUGCCACCAAAUCAGGCAACCUUAGCGUCAACUACAAAUUCCCCAUUCCUGACCUUAAGGUGGGAACGCUGGAUCAGUUGGUGGGUCUGUCUGAUGACCUUGGCAAGUUGGACACCUUCGUGGAGGGAGUCACCAGGAAAGUGGCCCAGUACCUCGGAGAGGUACUAGAAGACCAACGCGACAAGCUGCACGAAAAUCUGAUGGCAAACAACACCGACCUGCCCACUUACCUGACUCGCUUCCAGUGGGACAUGGCCAAGUACCCCAUCAAGCAGAGCCUGCGCAACAUCGCUGAUAUUAUUAGCAAACAGGUGGGGCAAAUCGACGCAGACCUGAAGGUGAAGUCGAGCGCCUACAACGCGCUCAAGGGCAACCUGCAGAACCUCGAGAAGAAACAGACCGGCAGUCUGUUGACCCGUAACCUGUCGGACCUGGUGAAGAAGGAGCACUUCAUCCUCGACAGCGAGUACCUGGUGACGCUCCUCGUCAUCGUGCCUAAGGCCAUGUUCAACGACUGGAAUGCCAAUUACGAGAAAAUCACGGACAUGAUCGUACCCCGUUCCUCUCAGCUCGUUCACCAGGACAACGACUACGGCCUAUUCACCGUCACGCUCUUUAAGAAGGUGGCGGACGAGUUCAAGCUGCACGCCCGCGAGCGCAAGUUCAUCGUGCGCGAGUUCUCCUACAACGAGAACGACCUCUCCGCCGGCAAGAACGAGAUCACCAAGCUCGUCACCGACAAGAAGAAACAAUUCGGUCCCUUGGUCCGAUGGUUGAAGGUGAACUUCUCCGAGUGCUUCUGUGCCUGGAUACACGUGAAGGCGCUGCGUGUGUUCGUAGAAUCCGUGCUCAGAUACGGCCUCCCCGUGAACUUCCAGGCCGUGGUGAUGGUCCCGUCCCGCAAGAGCAUGAAGAAGCUGCGCGACGUGCUGCAGCAGCUGUACGCGCACCUCGACCACUCCGCGCAGAGCCACGGGGCGAACGCAGCAGACACGGCGGAACUCGCGGGUCUGGGCUUCGGGCAGUCGGAGUACUUCCCCUACGUGUUCUACAAGGUCAACGUCGACAUGAUUGAAAAGGCCUAGGCCAUAGCUAGGUAAUACAACUACAUGUCACCCGGCUUGCGGCCCGCAAGAAAUAGUUGCAAUCUGUUAAAAAAAAUUGUACAAUAAUUAUAUUUUUAAAUAGAAUAUUUAUCAACCGACAAAAUAUAUAUACACUGGCCUGUAUGAAUAAAAUCAUUUGCGAUAUAUUUUACCAUGUACAGUUUUUGUUUUAUUUUAUAUUUUCAAAGGCAGGUUUGUAUGUUUUGAAUUCUUACAAUAGUAACAUUUUGAAAAUCAGGCCAAUUUUCUGUGCCUUUUCAUUUGGCACACGGUCUGUCAAUGUCUCAUAAAAAAACAUUUUUUGUCUAUUAUAACUGACAUUUUAUUAAGCAUGUUUUCUAUUAUGUUAUUAUUGUAAGUUGUUAUUUAAAUAAGGUAUUUGGAAGUGUUUAACUGCAAUGUUCCAAGCGCAACAACCUUAUGUUCAGUAUUAUGUGAGUUGCGUUCGUAGACUAGUUGCAUAUCAUCCGUUUGAUGCUGUAUAAUAAAUGUUCAACAGAUAUUUAUAUUGGAGUUAAUGAAAUGGAAAAAAAAACUAUGUAAAUAAGAACAUUCCUCGUCAUAACUUGUGUAGUACAUAAUAAAAUAAAAAUUAUUAUUCAAGUUACUGUU